CCAGCAGCAAUGCUGCCACUCUGCCACCGCGAGCCUUGCCAGACCCCGCAAAGUAUAUAUUUUUACAAAAUGGUGGCUUCUUCGCGGAGAAAUUCGUAGUGGCGAUUUUUAACAAAAAGCACGCAUCUUGGCCAGCCAAUUAUUGCAAUUUGCUGGCGAAAACAUUCGCAACGACGCUGGCUGCGGCGUGUGGCUGGAAAAUCCGCGAAAAAGCAACCGAAAAUCGUGCAAGAACCCAGUGAAAAUAACUGAAAGCGAAGGCAGGCAAUAAAAAAACGCAAGCAAGCAACCAAAGUGCGUGCCUGUGUGUGUGUGUGUUCGUGUGUACGUCUGUGUGCGCUGCUCUCUGUCUGUGCCUGUGUGUCGAGUGUGCCUCUCUGUCAGUGUGUGUGUGCGCAAAGUGUAUGCAAAAAAAGAAGAAGAGAAACGGAGAAGAGCAUUAAAAAAAAAGCGUACGACGAGUUUCACGCGCGCCCAACAACAAAAACACCAGAAAGCAGCACCAGCAACAACAACAAAAUCCAACAACACUUGGCAGCAGCGGCAGCAAUAAAAAAAAGCAACACAGCAACAACAAGCAGGCAGCGAAACCUGUGUUUGUGCAAAUUAACCAAAAUAUACAUUUCCGGCUACUCGCUGCCCCCUCGCUGAGCAACAACUACAACAACAACACCAAUAACAACAGCAGGAACAACAAUAUCAAGAACAACAGGAGCAGAGCAACAAGAAGCACCAAGACCGCCGCCCACCCCCUUUGAAAAUCCAUCGACACAGCACCACAUCAGCAUCGUCGUCAUCAUCAUCAUCAUCCUCAGCAACUUGGAGUCUGGAAUCUGGAGACGGAGACCGUAGACCGGAGUUACUUUGCCGCCUGCUGCUGGAGAGAGGAGCAUCUUCGUGCGGAACGCCUCGACGAUACACAACCCCGACUACGGAUUCAUGUUGAAUUUUCAUAUCGUAGAGGGCAUAAAAAGGCUUAGCACUGGACCGGAAGCGUGUUUUUAAAGGGUGAUGGCGGCCUCCACUCAAGGAGAAAUUCGAGUGGGUCCCGGCCACCAGGUAAACGAUGUCUAUGCAAAACUGCCCGAUUAUAAUCCAAUCUCAAGCUUCCCCAUCGACAAGGAAACCGAUGAACGUGAACUAGAGGAAUCAAGAUGGAGUCCAGGCGUUGUGGCCGAUGGCGACUUGUUAAUGUUCUUGCGUGCGGCUCGCUCCAUGGCUGCAUUUCAAGGAAUGUGUGAUGGUGGUUUAGAAGACGGUUGUUUGGCUGCUAGUCGCGACGACACUACAAUAAACGCACUCGACGUGCUCCACGAUUCUGGCUACGAUCCAGGCAAAGCUCUACAAGCGCUCGUAAAGUGCCCCGUUUCGAAGGGCAUCGACAAGAAGUGGACCGAGGACGAAACAAAGAAAUUCAUCAAGGGUCUGCGUCAGUUUGGGAAGAACUUCUUCCGCAUCCAUAAGGACCUGCUGCCGCACAAGGACACGCCGGAGCUGGUCGAGUUCUACUAUCUGUGGAAGAAGACGCCCGGCGCGAACAAUAAUCGGCCACACAGGCGACGCCGCCAAAGCGCCCUGCGACGCAACCGUGUCACGCGGGCCAACAACAGCAACAGCAACACUCCUCCGAAGAAGGAGGACACUCCAGAACCACAAACUGCGACGACGGCGACGGCGGCGGCAACCGCGGCGUCCGAGACGGCGAGUCGCUCAUCGCCCGCUGUCUCCAAGGAGGAGAACAGCUCGCUCACCGAGGACGACGCCAGCGAGUGCGACAGUGAUUCGAGUCUGACCCACAAAAGGGAUGAAUCACCCUCAAGGAUGAGGACGCGUAACAAGCAACAGAACAACAACAGCAGCACCAGCAGCGGUAACAACACGGCCGGAAACGGUGGCGGUAACGCCACAUCCAUAAGCAGCGGAUCAACCGGCGGCGGUGCCGCUGGCGGCAAUAGUUCGUCUAAGGAUCAAUCAGCCAACGCCGUGGCUAAUGGCAAGCGACCCAAGAGGGGCUCCGAAACACCGGACGUUUCCGGCGGAGCCUCGGUCGAUAGUCCCAAGACACCGACGAAGGCUGUGGCCGAGAGUUCGGCCAACAAGCGCAAGGGUGGCAAGCAGGAUACGCCCAACAAGAAGAAGCGAACGGAGCAAGAGUCCAACGAGCCAAGCGCCCAUGAGGAGAAUGUCAUCAAGGAGAAGCGCAAGAGACCGGACAGCCCGGUUGAGAGUAUGAACUCGGAUAGCAGACCGGAUUCAGUGCUCGACGAUGGGGAAUCGAAUACCACGGACACCACCACCGCCGAGCAGCAGUCCACAAAGGACAGCAAGGAGACGGUCAGCUGCAAGGAGGAGCGCGAAAUGGUCACCAACGAUCUGGAGGCCAAGGCCGAGGAAAAGGCCAUCAAGGCAGAGGCUUUGGCGGAAGACAGCAAGGAUAGCGCCAUCAAGAACAUGGACGAGGAGACUAACAUCCAGGCGCCUACCAGUGCAGAGACAAGUUUGGUGGAUGGUCCCAAUCCUAAUGCCUUGCCCAGUCCGGUGGCCGCACCGAUCACUAUGAAGGUGCCGACAAUUGCCACCGUUGAGGCGCUGAACGCGUCCGUCGACCGCAAGGAGGCCAUCGAGAAGAUGGAGUCGUGCGACAGCGAUCCGGAGAUGCUUAAAAAACUGGCAACCAUUAAGCAGGAAGUAUCUCCGCAGCAGCAACAGCACAUGCAACAGCAAUCACAGCAGCAGAUGCAGCAGCAACUCGCGCCUGUUGGCAUACCGCAACCUCCGUCUUGCCCGCCUUCGGAAUCAGUCUAUAUCAAAAAGGAGCCCAUGGAGGACUCGAUGGACGCCACCUGUAAUCAGAACAGCAACGAACCGCAGGACUUAAAGGUGAAGAUCGAGAUUAAAAACGAGGAUGCAUUGAAGCACAGUGCUGGAAGUCUGCCGCCUUCAGGCCCGUGUGCACCGCCUUCAGCUCUACAUCCGCUCUCCGGAGCUCCGGUAGAGAGCGGCCAGGAGCCACUGCACCUGCAACACAUGCCUCAUGGACAAGUAACAACGCAACCGCCCCCUGGCUACCUAAUUGAUGGCCAGCUAAAGUAUGGACCAUCGGGACAAGGCGUGCCUCCACAGCCACCACAACUGCACAGCGAUGCGGCUGGAGGAGUCAGCGGAGCACCACCUGGAGCGCCGACCACGCCCCAGAAGUAUCCGCCCGAGAUGGAGAUGAAGUUUGCUCCCCAGGAUCUCAAGUAUCCCCCACCGCCGCCUCUAGACGCACUCAAGUACAGCCAAGAGAUGCAAGCUGCGGCGGCGGCAGCGGCUGCUGCUGGCAAAUACGAUAUGAAGUACAUGAUGGAGCAGCAGGGCAAGUACAACGUGGAGUUGUCAGCUGCACAUCAGCCGCCAAGCAAGCCGGGCUACCAGGACUCGCUUAAGAUACCCGAUAUUAAGCCCGGUUUCGGCCACCUGCCGCACAACGUUGGCUCUCCGCUUGACGCCGCCCAUAAAUACGGACCGCCGCCGACGUCGCAAGAGUCCCAGCAACAGCAGCCCCAGCCGCCGGCACAUCAGGUACCGCCGGGAGCAACUCCACCACCUGGUAUCGCCAUGCCCAAGCCGCACUACCAACACGAUGUGCAAACGCCACCGUUGGGACGACCCUUUGAGCCUACCGGACUAAUGCUCAAGUAUGGCGAUCCACUGGCAGCCAAAUACGGCCCGCCACAGGAUCUCAAGUACCCGAUGCCUCCGGUUUCUCAGGCGGGACCAGCGGACGUAAAGCCUUAUGGCGGCGAGAAUUUGAUCAAGUCCUCACCGUACGGACCGCCGCCGGAGAGUCCUAUCGAUGCCUCUGCGCGCUCUACACCUGGUCAGGACAGCCAGGGCAGCAAUAGCAAUUCACAGCCGCCCUCAAUGCCUCCGCAACCGCAGCAGUUCCAGUCGCCGCAUCCCUCGCCGCAUAUGCCUUCGCCAGCAGGAGGUGGGCUACCACCGGGAAUGCAUCCGCAAAAUCUCAUCCACGGCCCGCCACCAGGUGCAGCGGGUGGCAGUGGCCCCCAGCCGCCUCCACCGCCCACAUCGCUGCACCAGCCCACGCCCACGUCUGCAGGUCCACCCAGUCUGCAACAUGGACUACAUCCUGGCCACCAGCACUCACAACUGUCUGCGGCAUCAUCGAUGCCGCCGAGCUCGAUUGGAAUUCCUCCCACGCUCUCGACUAUGGCGCCCUCGCACAUGCACCCGCACCUUCAUCCACAUGCGCAUUUGCAGGGUCUCCAUCGGCCGCACGAUCUGCCGCCCAGUAUGCAUCCGCAUGCUCCCAUGCCGCUGUCGUUGCAGGGGCAUCCGCAGCACGGACAUGGAUUGCCGCCCUCGCACACUUCUCAGCAACAGCAGCAGCAACAACAACAACAGCCCGGCGGACCAGCUGGCACGGUGCGAACUCCGUCACCAGCCCAGCAGCCGCCGAGAUCCAUGCACGAUCCGCAAUCGUCUCGAGAGCCGCCCACAUCGCAGCCCUCGACCACUAUGGCAGGAUCGAGUGGUCCGGGUGGACCACCGCCGCAACAGUCGCCGCAUGCGCAUCGCACAUCACCGUUGCCAGGGCUCGCGGGUAGUGGUCCUCCACCUCCGGGACUCAUCGGUCAUCCGAUGGCCAUACACCCGCACCUGGCCCACUUGCCGCCCGGACAUCCGGCUCACGCAGCGCUGGCCCAUCCUGGACACCAUCUGCUGUCGCACUCGAUAGCGGGCUUGGGUCCUGGCGGUGGACCCAUCGCGUUGCUGGCCGGACCCGGUGGGCUUGGAGGUAUUCCAGAGUCCGCUCUAAGUCGCCGCACCCCGCCCUCACACCUGCCGCACUCGCAUGCCUCUUCGGCCCCACUGACGGCGCACUCGGUGGCCAGUAUGACGUCCACCAGUAUGUCGCUGACCACCAGCACGGUGCCAUCGUCCGCCUUUAGCCGCGCCAGUCCCAGCGUACAGAUCUCGAGCAGUGGAGGAGGACCUUCAGGCCCCGGAAGCGUUGGACCUGGAGGAUUGCCAAACUCAUCGGCAGCGGCGGCGGCUGCGGCAGCUGCUCAUCGGGCAGCCUCGCCGGCAUCCAGCGUAAGCAGCCUAAGUCGGCAGAGUCCGCUGCAUCCGGUGCCGCAGUCGCCGCUCAGCCAUCAUCCCUCGUCUUCUGCGUUAUCCGCCGCAGCAGCUGCUGUGGCGGAGCGGGAUCGACAUGCGCUGAUGCGACAGCAAUCGCCACACAUGACUCCACCUCCGGUGUCCAACGCCUCUUUAAUGGCGAGUCCUCUGAGCAAGAUGUACGCUCCACAGCCGGGUCAGAGGGGCUUGGGUACAUCACCGCCACCACAUUUGCGGCCAGGAGCAUCACCACCGGUCAUUCGCCACCCGCAGAUGCCUCUACCGUUGCCACUGAUUGCGCCCGGCGGAGGAAUCCCGCAGAUUGGAGUGCAUCCGGGUCAGUCACCGUAUCCGCACCCGCUACUGCAUCCCUCGGUAUUCUAUUCGCCGCAUCACCAUCCAUUUAAUUCGCCAUACGGCUAUGCGCCUUAUGGUCCUGGAUUCCCGGCAUACAUGAAGCCGCCACCACAGCCAGGACAGCUCGAUCCGGCAGCCGUGAUGGCGGCCCACCAUGCUGGAUUGCAAGGGCCACCACCCCAGCAAAUGCGCCAGGACGAGCAGAAUGCAGCGGCCGCCGCUGCACAAGCAGCUGCUGAGAAACAACACCAAGCGGCUGCAGCAGCGGCAGCCCAGCAGCACAAGGCGCCGCAACAACAACCGCCUGGCGGAAUGCCACCCAACAAACCGCCAACGCCAAAGACGCCGCAGGGUCCGGGCGGUGGAAUGCCCCCAGGAAUGGGUGGACCGGGAACACCGACGGGACUGCCGCCAGGUGCCUAUCCUGGCAGCCAUAUGCCGGGAUAUCCACAAGGGCCGCCUCAUGGGUCACCCUUUGCGCCACAAGAUGGUCAGCCUCACGGCCUGAAGCCCACAUCGCACAUGGACGCCCUACGAGCCCACGCACACUCAGCCAACUCGGCGGGAAUGGGCGGUGGACACCAUCCUACGGAGCCAUUGCCCAUUGAUAUUGAACCGGAUCCAGAGCCAGAGAUUCCCAGUCCAACGCACAACAUACCACGUGGUCCCAGUCCCGAAGCAAAACCGGACGACACCGAAUGCCAUCGCUCUCAGUCUGCCAUAUUUGUGCGCCACAUCGAUCGUGGGGAUUACAAUUCGUGCACGAGAACAGAUUUGAUCUUCAAGCCGGUGGCCGACUCGAAGUUGGCCCGCAAGCGUGAAGAACGCGACCGCAAGCUGGCCGAAAAGGAGCGUGAGCGGCGACAGCAGCAGCAGCAACAACAACAGCAGCAGCAACAACAGCAAGCAGCAGCCGCGCAACAGGCGGCACAGCAAGCUAAGAUGAAGGCGGAGCUGAAGCCACCGUAUGCGGAUACGCCGGCACUGCGUCAACUGUCCGAGUACGCUCGUCCCCACGUCGCCUUCAGUCCUGUUGAGCAGAUGGUGCCAUAUCAUCAUCCAAUGGGCCCCAUGUACAGAGAGAGGGAACUGGAGGAGAUCAAAAACGCACAAGCUGCUGCGGCGAGUCAAUCCCGACUAGAUCCGCACUGGAUGGAAUACUAUCGACGCGGCAUCCACCCCUCACAGUUCCCGCUGUAUGCGAAUCCGGCGAUAUCGCAGAUGGAGAGGGAGCGUCUGGGAAUUCCACCUCCGCACCAUGUGGGGUUGGACCCGGGCGAGCACAUGGUGCGUAUGAUACGAUUGACGAGAGAAUAUCAUGCACACUCUCAUACUCAUUUACAUUUGCCUUUGCAUCCACAGCCGCAACCACCGGAGGCCGGUUUCCAACUGCCACCGAAUGUUGGCCAGUAUCCGCGGCCAAAUAUGCUUAUACCUAGGGAGCCGCACUCGGAUGUCCUGCUGCGCAUGUCCUAUGCCGACCAACUACAGUAUUUACAGGCCGCCGAGUUCCAGCGACAGUCCCUGCAUGAUCAGUACUUUAGACAACGGCCCAGAUAAGUGGACAGACAGCAAUUGUAGAGAGCAAGCAACUGAACAAAGACAAUACUCGGGCCGCGGCCGUGAGGAACUGCUUUGUGUGAUUUUUGUGUUCAAGCGUUUACAUUUUGUUUUCCACACGCACAACCCCACAUACUCACCACAAAACAAACAUCAACAUCAUCUGCAGAGACGACGUCAGCGUAUAUGGCUCAAGAAUCCAGAAACCA